UGCUGUGAUUAUAAGUAAAAAAUUAGAAGAUCAUAAGUUGUUUUUUGCUGAUUUGCCUGAGGUUCAACAAAAAUUUAACGAACUUUUAACCAAGUCGAGAAGUCAAAAUAAACAAGUGCAAAACUUGAGUAUGCGUUUUAAUAUAAUCGAAACAGAAUCUCAAAAAAGACGUUGUCGCCUUAAAUAUUUGGAACAUAAGUGUUGUUUGAUCGCAUUUUUAAACUUAACUGAAAAUAAAUUAAAAGCAUGGACUGUGAAAUAUGGUCGUUUACAAGACGUUAUGAUAUUACUGGAAAAAUAUAAUAAUUUCGUAAUAGGAAAUAAUAUUUUUCAAGAAUUUAAUAAAGCAUUUAUAGACAUGAAAAAUGUGUUUCAAGAGUAUAAACAAGAGUGUCAUAUAGACUACAAAGAAACAAUAGCAGUUGAAAAAUUUUUAAAACAAACUGCUGAACAGUGGAAAAAUAUCGCUAUGGAACUGAGAUGUGCUCACAGUAUGCUUGAAGAAGUAGUAUUAUAUUGGAAACGCUGGAAAGUAUUGUCUGAUGAGUUAAAAGCGUGGCUUCAAGUCUCAAUGACAAAAAUAAAUCUAUCUAAUGAAGAACAAAUUGAAUAUUUUCAAAAUAUUGGGGUGUGGAAAGAAAAAUAUGAAUUACUUAAUGACGCUGUCAGCUUUUUAGUCGUAACAUGUGAGGAGUCUACUGCUGAAUCACUCAAACAAGAGUUCAUGAAUAUUUCUCACUUGUGGGAUAGUGUAUUUUCAAAUGCUAAAAACUACUUACAAUCUGGGGAUCUAAAUAGAAUCAGAAAAGAAUAUUUUGAAGGAUUCGAAAUAUUACAUAAAUGGAUUAUUCGAGCAGAUCAAAUUAUGUCUACUGUAAAUUUGAAUUCGUCCGAGAAAAUUAAAGUUGGGAUUAAAAAUAUUCAAACUUUACAAGAUGAAUUAGGUCAAAUGGAUGAUCUAUUUAAAGCUAUAAGUAAAAAAUUUCAAAUACUCAUUAAAGAUUUGUCAAGAGAAGAAGUAAAUGAUAUGAUGCUCUGUUUAAAAAGAGAAAAAGAAUCUCUUGUCAAUAUAAGAGCAAAUAUACCUGUACAAUUAAACGCUCUACAUCAUGUAUUAGUACAAUACGACGCUUUGGAGUCUGGUCAAAGAGAAAUUAAUGAAUGGCUUGAUGGAUGUGAAAAUUUUAUAUUUUCUUUAAAUAUAAGUGUCAGUAAAGAAAAAUUACAAAGUGAUCUUGAAAAUUUAAAG